AUGUCGGCCGAUAGCGACGAGAGCUCUGACCAAGAGUUCCCUGAAGUAUCGCAGAAGGUCCUCCAGCGCCUCAUGGAGGAGGGCAUGGAGACGUUGAGCCACAAGUCGGGCAGCCUCGCGAGUUCGGAAGUGGAGGCAGUGUCGCAGCCAGACGACUACUUCGCGGAGCGGAACCUAACCGAUCUCACGCCAUGCUAUACCCAGGGGCUGCGGCGCAAGAACUGGGCUCGGUUCCCGGCCAAGGUGGCAAGAACCCCGUUCGCGCCGAAACCCCCUUGGAUGAUAGGAAUGAGGAAAUAUACCACGAGAGACUAGGCGGGCGUCGAGACCUCUAGCCAAGUAGCAACAAAACGAAACGAACCAAGUGAAAAAAAAAGAAGCAAAAAGAACAAAGAGAGCGGCGGGACGGGACUCACGAAGCAAAAG